AAUCUAGAUUUAUUCGUCUCGUUAUAGCAGGAUUACAAAUGUAUUUUUCCCCUGAUGCCGAGUUUAUUUCUCCAGAUCUCAAGAAAAGGGCUGAAAACGUUGUUUUUAUCUCGAGGUAACGGGAGAAAAUGAGUCCAGAUCAAAGGGCUCUCCUUAAUCUUUCAGGCUUUGAGUCACUUUGAAUACUAAAUUUUUUCUUCUUCCUCUCAGCUGUCUGAGUGUUCAGUAACUGUUCUCUCUUCAGCUCCUCACCUUCAGUUUGAGAUAUUUGUUUGUGAUUUCCCCUCGGAGCACACGGACGACUCGGAGCAAAAAAAAAAAAUUUAAACAGCUUUUUACACAAACACAAACAGGAGGAGGGGAGAAAUGAGGAGGGACAUACGGUCCUGCAGGUUAAAAACAACAUGGCCGUGCUGCAACACCUUCCAUCCAAUCAUAAAAUACAUAAAAAUAAAUAAAUAAAAACACAUCAUGUACAGAGGAGGGCUGGCAGUCGACAGAAAAAGAGCCGAACACUUCAUCUGAGCAGCCUUUUUUCCUUUUCUUUUUGGUGCCGUUACCAUGGAAACAGAGGGGGAGAAUAUCCUGGCUGCCAUGUGUGGCGUUUGGCACGUGUAGAUAGGAGCGUCGUCACGGCAGCCAAUCGGAGCUCUCGGUCAUCCAUGCCCUCUGAUAUCACGCUGAGAGAAUGCAGAACGAGAAGAAGAACGAGGAGGACGGUGAGGGCGAGCUCUAGUCGUGGUAUCUAGAACCCCAGAUCCACAUCACUGACCGACAGCGAGGACGUAGAACUGAAUAGAUCAGAUCUCGUGCUGCGUUCACAGGGAGUCAGACGGACGGAUGGCGGCUCACUGGUUGUCAUUUUUAUAAACGAGAUCAUGGUGGUCAAACAAUGUGAGGCCUGCAGAAGUAAAGAUUAGAAUAUUAGGAGUGAUAUUUGUGUUAAUUAUCUACCCUCCUCCUCCUCAUAAUUCCCAGUCUUCAGAAAGUGUUAAUGAAACACUGUGAUGCAUUUUAUUCUGAAAGUCUCAAUUCCUCCUGCUCCUCCACAUCCUCCUCCACUUCCUCCUCCUCCACCUUUUAUUCUGAAAGUCUUCAUUUCCUCUCGUCAUCCAGGCCGAUGAAGAUGAUGUCGGAGAAUCUGGAGCAGAGUGAUGAUGUCAGCGUCCUGCCCCCCCAUGAGGUUGAGCCCCCCAGGGAGGAGGAUGGACACUGCCCCCUACCUUUCAGACUGCAGCUGAUCGACGACCUCUCCUAUGAAGACGUGAAGAAGUGUUACAGAGGAUCAACUGUCAGCAAAUACAACUCUCAGUACCACAAACUGUUCCAGAUUGUUCCUAAAGAGGAGAUCCUGAUGAAAGUGUAUUCGUGUGCGCUGUUGAGAGACAUCCUGCUGCAGGGUCGACUCUACAUCUCCAGGAACUGGCUGUGUUUCUACGCUAACCUGUUCGGUAAAGACAUCAAGGUGUGUAUACCUGUGGUGUCCGUGCGGCUGGUGAAGAAACACAGGACGGCGGGUUUGGUGCCGAACGGGCUGGCUAUCACCAUGGACACGGGACAGAAGUACGUGUUUGUGUCGCUGCUGUCCAGAGACAGCGUGUACGACGUCCUGCGGAGGAUCUGCACACACCUGCAGGUGAACGGGAAGAGUCUGAGUCUGAAGCAGUACCUGGAGGAGCCCAGCUCUCUCUCUAUGGAUGAGUUUCCAGAGGUGUUGAAGUGGAGGAGGAAACCGUCGCUCCCCGCCGUGUCCUCGUCCCUCCCGGACCUGCUGGGAAACUCCACCCCCAGCCUCGUCGCAGAUACGACCUUCAGCACGCACACGCUCACAGACAGCAGUUUGGAGACGGAGAAGAUCCUGCUGACAGAACCAGUACCUGAACUGGGACAGUUGGAGUACCAGCUGCUGAAACUCUUCGUCCUGCUGGUCUUCCUGUUGGUCUUGUCAUCCUGCUACCUGGCCUUCAGAGUUUGUCGUCUGGAGCAGCAGCUGAGCUUCCUGAGCAGCCAGCCGACACUCAGAGAGAGGUGUGGAGAGGUGCCCUGCUGGCUGGCCAAUCAGAGGACAGGAACCUGACACUGAAGCCAAUCAGGGAGUAAAGAAGAAGAAACUUGCACUUACAUAGACUUCCCACUAGGUGGCCGGCGGUGAGAGGAGACGGCUCUCCGGAACAGCCAGACCACCGUGACCGCAGCAGCCGAACUCUGACCCUGAAGAGACCCGGUUACCAUAGUGAUGUCACUUUAGACAAAAACAGUAGAAUGACCUUUGACCUCUGAGGACAGCAUGUUUGAGAGGGCAUGCAGAGGUCACAUAGAGGUCGGGAGGCCGGAGAAAACGACGGGAUGUAAUAUAAACAAGAUGUACAUUUUUACUCUGUGUGAGUGUGUGUGUGCACGUGUGUGUGUGUGUGUGUGUGUGUGCAGACCUUAUUCAUCCAGAUUUCUACUAACACACAGACACUUGUCAGGUCCAUGUAAAGUUCAGUUCAGGUUAAACAUGCAGUAAUUCAGACCCGGGCUGUCACGAAACCAGACGUUGAACUUCUGUAUAAUUCUAGUAAAAACUAAAACGAUAGUGAAAGCUGUUUCGAUACCAUGGCAACAAAAACAGGACUCCUAGGCAACCAAGUAUUUGAUUGUUUCAUGUUUUGAAUAACCAAAACUCAUGCAGUUUGUCUGAAUUGUCCAAGAACUUUGGUAUCAUUUGGACAUGCAUAGUUUUUGCUACUCCUGGGGGCGCUGGUGUCCUAGUAGUUGGUGCGUGUGCCAGUUGUGCAGAGGAUGUGGUCCUCGGGGCGGGGCGGCCCGGGUUCAGGUCUGCCCUGUCCAUGCUCUCUCUGUCCCUGAUUUACAGCUCUGUCCA